AUGGAAAAACCGUGGCAUUUGGUAAAGUUUUGGCUGGAACCGAAGUUGUCUCCCGCAUCGCCUUCAAUAAAUCAAACACGAAGGGUUCCAAGGCUUGCGUCAUCACCGACUGUGGAGAAGUUAUCUGAAAGGUUUUAUCAUAGAUUUUCAAAUUUUUUGGUUUAUUAUUAUUUCUUUCUUUUUGUUCCGAUAAGUCCAUAUAUGAAAUUUGUCCAGUUUUUAUGA